GAUUCAAUAAAUGUAUAGCCCAAGUGGGCUUUUAAAAUCAAUUUUUGAGUGUCAAAAAACUAUUUAAUACGAGACCUUGGUGCAAUUGUCAAACUAUAAAAAUGUUUUUUGAGUCCUGUAUAAUAUUAUGGAUAUUGCUCUCAUUUUUACAUCGUUUUAAGGAUAUAUCGUCACCUGUGCCCGUUACUGAAAAUAUGAAGUUGGAAAUUAUGGAUUCCAAGAUUUCGAAGCCGGCUAAGGCCUCAAGCAUGCUUUUCUCGACGGUUAAGGAUCUUCUGCUGUGGCGCAACUUCCGCCUGACGCUGAUAGUAUUCACAACCGUGGUGAUCCUGCUGCUUGACAUCAUGGCGCACUCGGUGAUCAGUGUAAUUAGCAUGGCAGGCAUCACUGUUCUCCUGGCAGCUGUCGCAUAUCGCAGUUUUUGCCAGUUUUCAAAAUGGAGGACGAGUGGAGUCCAGGAUGAGGUCAGGCGUCUGUAUCCGCAAGUUAAGAUUGAUAUUCCCCGAGAGGAGACCAUGCGACUAGCGGGAGUUGCCGUGGAUCAUCUUAACAAGGGCUUAAACCGCAUUAUUGGACUGAUACUGGUGGAGAGCUGGGAGGACUCCCUGAAAUGCCUGGCCAUGCUAUGUGGCAUUAAUUUGCUGGGGGAUUGUUUGAACGGAAUAACAUUGCUUUUAUUUGGACACAUAUUACUUUUUACCCUACCCAAAGCUUACGAGUGGUACCAACCCCUCAUCGAUGCUCAGCUGCAAAAAUUCUGUAAAUUCAAGAAGCAGGACAAGAAGACACCCGAAACUAUGACUGGAAACACAGAUAACCUCGCCAAUAUGCAGCGUAAGGAAGAGGAGUCCAGUGAUGCCAACAUGUUCUAUAAGGUCUGCGAGAAUGAGAAGCUAUUCGAUCUCCUGGAGGAGGAGCACCGCAAGGGCUGCCAAUGUCGUGACUGCGAGCAACAGGAUCUUCCCAUCGAGGCGCACUAAACGGCAUUCAAUUUUCCGAAAUUCCCUUGAAGUUUAUGUUCAAAAUUUGCGUUGUGCCAAUACAGUUGUUUUGUUUCGUACAGUUGGCAA